AUGAGCGACGGAGCGGGGAUGCUGGGGCCCUUGGCGCGGCGGAGGAGGACGACCAUCCACGGGUCGGCCGGCGUGAAGCAAGCCAACGGGAGCAAAUGGCACCAGGAUGCGGGGGACGGCAAGCCGGAGUCACCCGGUAAGGCCAAAAAGAAAGACGCUGCGUCCCGGAAGGCGGUCGGCCACGGGAAGGUGGACGGAGAGCCGGUGACAGCAGCGCGACAGGCGGACUCGAACGGUCCGAGGAGUCCGGGGAAUGAAGAGGAGCAGCUGAGCGACAGACUCAGCUGCCAUGUCCUUCAGGAGUCUCUCUUGAGCUCAGCCAGCGGCUACAGCAACUACAGAGGAAUCCUCAACUGGUGUGUGAUCAUGCUGGUGCUGAGUAAUGCUCGCCUCUUUCUGGAGAACCUUAUAAAGUAUGGCAUCUUGGUUGACCCCAUUCAAGUGGUGUCUCUCUUCUUAAAGGACCCCUAUAGCUGGCCAGCAGCUUGCCUAACAAUCGCGUCAAACGUGUUCAUCCUGGCAGCCUUUCACACGGAGAGGCGUCUGGCUGUGGGCACCAUCUCUGAAACGACAGGAAGGAUCCUCCACUUUUUUAACCUGACAUGCACUUUGAUCUUUCCUGCAGCUCUAAUCCUCCGUGUAACCUCCAUGACACCAGUGGGGGCUGUGAUCUCCCUCGCCAUCUACACCGUGCUCUUCCUAAAGCUGUUCUCGUACCAGGACACCAACAGGUGGUGUCGAGAAAUCGGACAGGCCAAAGCCAAAAAGCUGACGAGAUCGUAUUCCUGUCCUACAGUUGCGCCUUGCAAUGGGUCGGCCGUCCAGACCCACGUCUCUUACCCAGGAAACCUCACACACAGAGACAUCUACUACUUUAUUUUUGCACCAACUCUCUGCUACCAGCUCAACUUCCCACGGUCUCCUCGAAUACGCAAAAGGUUCCUGAUAAGAAGACUAUUUGAAAUGCUUUUCCUCAUGCAGCUGCUCGUGGGACUAAUACAACAGUGGAUGGUUCCAACGAUUCAGAAUUCAAUGAAACCAUUCCAGGAAAUGGAUUUUUCUAGGAUGGUGGAGCGCCUGCUAAAACUAGCGGUCCCCAACCAUCUCAUAUGGUUAAUAUUCUUCUAUUGGUUUUUCCACUCCUCUAUGAACUUUGUGGCAGAGCUCAUGCAGUUUGGAGACAGAGAGUUCUACAGGGACUGGUGGAAUUCAGAAACUGUGACGUAUUUCUGGGCCAACUGGAACAUCCCAGUGCACAAGUGGUGCCUGAGGCACUUUUACAGGCCCAUGUUGAGACGGGGGGUCAACAGGCGUCUGGCUCAAAUCGCUGUCUUCCUGGGGUCCGCCUUCUUCCACGAGUUCCUGGUGAGCAUUCCUCUGAAAAUGUUCAGACUGUGGGCCUUCAUGGGAAUGAUGGCUCAGGUUCCUCUUGCUUGGUUCGUGAGUCGCUUUCUCAACGGGAACUAUGGCAACGCGGCCGUGUGGGUGUCUCUCAUCAUCGGACAGCCCGUCGCCGUGUUGAUGUACGUCCAUGACUACUACGUCAUCCACCACGGGAGCAGCACGUAAUCGGGAGACUGGAUGUAGAUCCUGUUGAGGUGACUCUACUGUCAAGUUCAUGGCAGCAGUAGCAGAAAGGAGCUUAAAGCCUGUUUUAUUUUGCACUAAAACGAACCGACCGGAGUACUUCUUCAGAAGUGGAGGAUGUCAAACGGAAGUCCACUUACAACAUGUCAGCCUCUGAAGGGGCCGCGUCCUAUGAAGCAGUAUAUUUUCUUGAAUGUUUCAACAUUUAACUCUGGAGCCAAAUUGUAAAAGAACUCGUUUAUUUUUUUCAUCUCUCUCUUUCUCUGUUGUAUGACUUUAUCUCAAGCAGAAGCAGAUCUGUUCAGGUUUGAUGGAGUUAGGAGCUCAAAGGUGUCGUGAAGUGAAUAAAACUCACCUGCUUGAGCUUUGAAAGCACUUAAAUACACCCAGACACAAGAUCACGACGUACAACCCAACGCUCCGGCCGAGCCGAUGUUCAAACGCACAAACAGCCAGUCGCAACAAAAGUGAAUCACUGCCGAGUGAGCACAAGAAGAAUCAUGCAUAAGACCAAUGGAAUUCUGAGACAGUGGCGCUGAAGCCACUUUCUGCAACAUUAAUCCCGUUUUCUUUACUUUAACAGUCCCUAAUGUCCUUCACUGAUGUCUGCCAGGUUGUAACUGAACAGUGACAUUUGUAUUUGAAAGAUUCCAAAAGGAACAAAUCUUUCAGAAAGCAAGAAUCCUGUUCUUGAAACGUAUGUAAAGCGAGGUUUGUGCCCACAGGUCGCCUUUCCUCCGCUGUCUCUGCAAACACAAUCAAUGCAAGCUGCUGCUGUGUUUUCUGCUUUAGCUUUAUCUUCUGUCUGCUUUAGAUUCCACUUCAUUCAUGUUGAUUUUCUGAAUGUCGCUGUUGAAUUGUGCCAUCUUGAAAUUAAUGUGUUGCAUUUUUUUUGUUGUUAAAUUAUUAAUUUAUGAGUAUAAUUUAAAAGUUUGAGCCAAUAAGCUUUUGCACUUUAAAGAGAUGCAUGCCGUUGACUAAAGCAAUAGAUUUCUGUGAAUGUAAGUCUAAAUCAAACUGUUUUGUUGGGUUAUUAUUUCAGUGAUUUGCUUGAUGACUAUCUCUUCUUAUGUGGUUUGUGUAAUUUGUUUAAAGGUACCACAGAAAGCUGCCAUGCUAAAAUAUUUCUGGGUUCAGCCUGUUGCCACUCCGAAUGUUGUCAUUUUUGUAUUACAAGUUUUGUUAUUUCAUGUUUUUUCUUUCAAUGAACAUAAAUUGGAACCCUCAAUUUUUUUUCUUUCAAGUUUUGUCUCGUUUUCAUGUCUCAUCGAAAAUAUUCCAGGGAAAACACAAUUGUUGUGUGAUUACAACGGCAGUUAUCAAAACACACUUUGUGUUGGCAUUCCUAACCCAAAAUAAGUGCCUGCUGUUUAAAAAAAAAAAAAAAACUUUAAAUUU